GCGCUAGCGAUCUCAUCAGAUCAUACGUACGUGGCCGUCGGUCACGGUUCUGGUCAACUCAUGCUGUACGACUUGGCGCGACCGACUUCGCUAGCGCGUCAUGUAUCGCCUGUCCAAGCUGGUGAUGUAUUCUCUGGGCGCAAGGAGGGUCAUCUGAUUAACUCUCGCAUACUGCACUUGUCCUUUGUGGGACUAAGGCACACGGCCAUUGUCAGUGCAGAUGAGCAUGGGCUUGCUUUCUACCACUCCCUUGGGAAAAUUUUGGGCGUGUCCUCGAAUGACACGCUUCGGAUAUUGGGCAGAUAUCCGGAAGCGCGAAUGACGAAGUCUCUUGGGCCCGACGCUUCCCACGUUCCAGUGAACCCUCGCUCGACUAUCUUAGGAAUGUCAGCACUUCCCCUUGGCCCGAUUUCGCACUUUGCAGAUCAAUUCAGCUUUGUCGCCCUUGUGACACCCUCGAAGCUCGUCAUCGUCUCUUUGAAACCGACUGCAAGGACUUGGUAUCGACGCACAGCUCCCUCGCCAGCCUGGCUCAAUUCAGACCGAGAUGCUUUGGCUAGCAUGGUGACUUGGUAUCCAGCGACAGGCGAAAGUCAGGACGGAGUCCCCAUUGCACCUUCCCCUUCGGACCCCCUCCUUGCGCAUAGCUUUGGGAACCAUCUCUUCGUGACCGCAUUACGCCCGGUAUAUGUGAUAGCUGGCAAUGCAACAGCUGCAGCAAGCACCAAUGGCUCGACGGUGUCCAAGACAGAGCUCCAAUUCGCAGACGAGACGACAUACACGCACCACGAGACUAUCAUAGCCUUGCAGUGGCUGUCGCGCGAGCAUUUGUUCGUGCUCGGAUCGUCGGGUGACCUGCAGCUCUUCUCGCUCGCACGAAAACAAUGCGUGGCAUCACAGCAUUUGACGGAGGUCAUACCGCCUCUUGUCUUGCGCGAAUGGCGCGUAGCAGGUUCAUCUGAGCUGCGCUCGAAGGCAGAGCUUGCUGACGGAGGCUCGCGGUCACUUGCACCUUCAGCGGCGCACAGCAUGAGGUCCUACAAGGGUCAGGUGUUCAUUCUCACCACGCGCGAAGUCGUCGCGGGUACAGCUUUGUCUUGGGCAGACCACCUCUUAAGCUUUGUCUCAAAAGGAGACUUUCUUGGAGCUGUCGACCUUGCCACUGCCUUCUACACUGGUGCCAGGGGCCAGCAAGCCUUGGGACUGCCAGAUGAUGUGUAUGCGCGCCAAAGUGUAGUUGGCGGCAAACUCAGAGAGCUCAUGCGUGCUUCUGUGCAAUACGCCUUCUCGCCAGAGAGACUGACCGACUCGACACACGUCACGCCGGAUGGUCGCGGGGUGGACAGGACCGAGCAAUUUCAACAACUCGCAGCUUCCUGCGCUGAAGCCUGUGUCUCCAUCGAAGAUCUAGACCUCCUCUUUGGCGAAAUCUACGAUGCCUACGCUGACAACGGCAUAGAGUCUAUAUUUGCAGAGCAACUUGAGCUGUUCAUUGUUACGGGACGCAUACGUGUUCUGCCAAUCCCAGUGGUGCAGCGCUUGGUCGCCUUCCGACAGUUGCGAGAAGAGUACGACCUAGCAGAGAGGAUCAUAUGGCACGUCGACCCCGCUUGCCUCGAUAUCGAUCAGGCAUUAUCGCUCUGCCUGCAACAACGUCUUUGGGAUGCUUUGAUUUACGUCUACAACUCGGUCAUGGACGACUACGUCGCUCCCAUCGUGGAGCUCAUGGGCGUGCUUAAGGCGACAAACAAGGAGCGGCAAAGUAGCGAAGACGUAGCCGAGCAGAUGCUCACAGCAAAUGAGGACGACGCGUACAAAAUCUUCUCGUAUUUGUCCGUGAUCCUCGCGGGGAGAUCAUACCCCAGUCAAGAGCCUCUCGCCGAGGCGAGAAGUGUCUCGGCAAAGAGGACGCUCUAUUCCUUUCUGUUUUCCGGACGCUGCGUCGCUUGGCCACCUGGACCCGGAGGACAACUCGUCUUCACUCAAGAGGAAAGGCACGAACCCACAUAUCCCUACCUUCGCUUGUUUUUGGACUUCGACGCUGAGGCUUUCCUCGAUGCGCUUGACGUUGCUUUCGAGGAUUCUUUCCUUGAUGGGGAUGAGACCGAAGACAACUCACUCGCUCACUCUGGAGAUAAUGUCACUCGCCAAUUGCUGAUCUCUGUCCUGCUGGAAAUCAUCGACACAAAUCGAGCGGAAGGAGUGCCCAAGCUUUCCGAAACGGCGGUCACCUUUUGCUGUCUUUUUGUGGCGCGCAAUGCCCCAAAGUAUCCUCAAUUCAUUCGACUUCGGGCCGAUCAAGUCGCGCGUCUGUUGACUAUCCUGUCGACAAGCAUGGACGGCGAAACUCGGGAAGAUCGCCAGCUGGGGGUCGAGUGCCUUUUGUCGCUAUACAAGAUAGAACAGACCGAGUCGCUAUUGGCACUCUUUGAGCAGGCAGGCUUUGUGCGAGUGCUGCAAAAAGCUUAUCGAAGUGCAGGCAAAUGGGACAAGCUGGUCACCAUGUUCCUGCAGGACCCAUGUGCUGGAAACGAGGUGUUUGGACAGCUAAACGCUGUGCUGUCCAGCGCAGCGCUAUCCAGCGGCAAAGCAGGCCUAGACGCCAGUCUGCAGCAGCUACUCCUUGAUGCGGCUCCCCGCCUGGCACACAAGAGUCCGUCUGGGACGGCGAGUCUUGUGGACCGCUUUUGCUGCGAACGACACGGAGAGGUACUGGCCAGAUUGCAUGCGGACCAGACGGCGCAGUUGGAGUAUCUCCGGAGCUUUGCAGGUCUUGCAGCGGAUCCAGGCCAGACAGCGUCUAGUGCAGACGCCUCUUUGGAUUCAGCUCAUCUUGAUCAAUCCGCGAGGCAUCUCUUCGUCUCUCUUGUAGCCGACCUUGAACCCGGCGCUCUCGUUCGGAGCCUCUCCAUUCAAAAUGCAGAGUACUUCGACUUGAGACGAGUCGUCGAAAUCGGCGAGGAGCGCGAGUGCUACGAUGCCGUCUUCUGGGCUCUUUGCGAAUUAGGGGAGCGCAAGCAAGCUUUCCAGGCUCUUGAUCGCUUUGUGGCGUUGGAAGCGGUGGGCCUUCGAGCCGACGAUGCCAGUCAGUCGGAUGCUUCCUUGAGCCUCGAGGCUUCGAGCAGCGCAGAGAAGCUGCGUCGUCUCGUCGAUCAGGUCGUCGACUUCUGCAAGCGAGUCGACACGCACUCGACAGUGCACCAGUCAACUUCUUCAGCAAUCUCAUUCAAGGAUGCAUGGCUUCACCUCCUUCAGUCGUUGAUGGGGCUGAUGCACGGGGUCGCCGCGGUCGCCGCAGGACCAGACAGCGCUCAGCAGCCGACCGCUGCAAUGAGAUUUUGCCGCGCACUCGUCCGCGAUGCGCUGUCCUCUCUGGUGUCGUCAACCUCUGCGGACGCCAUCUCAUUCCCGGACCUCUUCAGAAAGCUUGCGCUAGAGUCGUCAGAGACCUUAGACGGCGAUGAAUCGUCUGGGCGGAUGUACGCCGAAGUGCGCACGGUGCUGGAGGGUAUGCUGGACGCCUAUCAGCUCAGGAUAGAGCUGCUUGACAUCACCAAUCGCUUAUUUGAUCGCGACGUCUUUACAGUGCUGUCCAGCUUGACUCGUCAGCGUAGACGAGGCUGGAGGCCUAAGGCCGUAUCGCAGACAUGCAAUCGGUGUGGUGGUCCGCUCUUUGCAGACGAAGACGCGAGCAAGAUCGGAGGCCGAGCUGCAGACGCUGCUACCGUCGUUGUGCUGCGCACCGGCGAGGCUUGGCACCGCCGCUGUGCACCC